CCCAGUUCGACCCAGUUCGACCCAGUUCGACCCAGUUUACUACGCACGUAUCGCGCCUCAUGCCUCAAUGCUUCAUGCCUUCACGCCUCACGCCUCACACCUCGUGCCUCACGCCUCGUGCUGACGAGGGUCCUCACGAUCUCGUGCUGGUAGGUCGGCGCCAGGUGUAUGGUGUGGAGCCCUUUUCGGCCGGGCCGGUCCCCUGUAGUUGGCAACGGCAGCGUCGCAGCCAUCCAGGUGAGCGGUGCAACGCGGUGGCGGGAUGUGGGAAGGGCAUCCCCCGAUGGGAUGGAGAGCGAAAUGUCCAGGGCGGCGAGAGUCAGGCUCAGGAUGUUCGGUGUCAGGGUGAACGGUGUCAGGGUGAUCCAGGCUCGGCCACGCCUCGCCCAUCCAUCAGCGCUGGCCCCUCCAUGCGCGUGCUGGCCCGGGUCCAGGUCCAGGUCCAGGUCCAGGUAUAGUUGCAGUGACAGCGAGAGCGGCGACAGCAACCCGACGUCAGACGGUGGUGGUGUCGUGGUGGUGUGGUUUUUCGGUGCUUUGGCGCUUGGGUUCUGUAAGUGCUGUGGCCCUCAAGGAGUCAAGUUGGGGGCCCUGUCUGUCAGGUGCAAGGCAGGGAGGGACGAAUCGAGCCUCGCCAAAUUAGUGGCAGGUCACCGACUCAUCAGGGAAAUGCCCUCGCUUGCCAUCCCCCAUCCUGUCCAUGUGGCGCUCCCACGUCCAUCCCCCCAGCUGUCCACAAUGCCUUGGCCCCUCCACACCAUCGUCGACAAGACCGACCUCACCGUCUCUCAUGAGUCCCAUCCAGGAACAGCCAACGCAUCGCUGCGACUUUGGAUCUGCACCUAACUUGGGCCGUAAUUGUUUUUUGCUGCACUGCGCUACGGUGCACCUGCUGCACUGCCCAAAAUGAGCGUCAUUCGAGGCCCUCUCGGCCCUUGGCUAUGACUCUUCUGGCCGCCGUAACCGCAGUGCCAGCCGCAUCAGCACCGCAUUGGAUCGUAC